AUGGAUCAUUUCAGCUCCAACGAGACUGCAAUUGACGACAGUGAAUCGGAGGACGAUGGCGACGUCCAGACCUUUUUCAAGCGAGUCUUCCCUUAUGCCAAACCCUCAACUCAGUCUCUCAUCACCUCGAAGCUGAAAAACAGCUGCCGCGAGGCUUUUUCAAAAUCCACCUACCAUCGGUCGGAAGCCUCGGCAAGUUGCCUCAAACUCUGCAUCAGACUCCAAAAAAGUGACAAAGAGGGUAUCCGGCAUCGCCCAAACCCAGCUAGUCAUCGAUGUCCCCAACCGGAGCGGCCAAGAAGCUCUCAUUUCGCCCAGAACCGAGAGACAACUGAAGGACGAAGUCACUGA